AGAGUACCAUAUUAAAUGUUUUUCAAAAGGUUGGGGUGGCGGCUGCCCCCCCUUGUCCUUCCUUGGCCCGUUGCUGCUCAUUCGCCUCUAUUUAUAGCCCCACCCCAGUUUGAUUCAUUUAUUUGUAUCCCAACUCAUUACUAUCCAUUAUGAAAGUCUCUAUUUACAAACUCUUAGGCUUCCUACUCUUUUUCUCUUUCUACCACUGCCAAGCGUGGCCACGUUACGAGUUUGUUGUGAAGGAAGCUCCGUAUACGAGACUAUGCAGCACGAAGAACAUACUCACCGUAAAUUGCCAAUUUCCGGGUCCUACUUUAAAUGUUAAUAGAGGAGACACCAUCGUUGUAGAUGUUUACAACAGAGGAAAUUAUAACAUCACCAUUCACUGGCAUGGAGUGAAACAGCCAAGAAAUCCAUGGUCUGAUGGUCCGAAAUACAUCACUCACACAUGGUUGCGAGCAACUGUCCAUGGUGCUCUGAUUAUUUAUCCCAAGAUAGGAACAACCUAUCCUUUUCCGAAACCCGAUGUAGAAAUUCCCAUCAUAUUAGGAGAGUGGCGGAAAGAAGAUAUAAUGCAGGUUUACCUAGAUCUUGAACGCUACGCCGGCCUAGGAGUCCUUUCGGACGCCUACCUCAUCAACGGCCAGCCUGGAGAUCUUUAUCCCUGUUCCAAACCAGUCAAGGCCAUCUUGGUAGAUAACCUCUUCUUUGCCAUUGCCAACCAUACUGUCAUGAUGGUUGGAUCUGACGCUAGUUAUCUAAAACCAUUCAAUAGAACCUUCAUUUGCCUAACCCCAUGCCAGACCGUUGAUAUCCUUCUAGAAGCCAACCAAAGUCCCAAUCACUAUUACAUGGCUGCCAGCGUGUACACCACUGUUCUCCCAGGUUCUUACAACAACUCCACCACCACAGCUAUUGUAGAAUAUAAUGGAAACUACACUCCAUCCUCGCCACCGGUGUUCCCCUAUCUUCCUGAAUAUAAUGAGACAGAAGCAUCCAUUAAUUUUGCCCCUAGUUUUCGGAGCUUAGCCGAUAAGGAGCAUCCAAUUGAUGUGCCAAUGGAAAUAAACACACAUUUGUUCUAUACUCUUUCACUCGGCAGUCCAUGCAAAAACAACUCUUGCCCAGGAGUGUAUGGGACCAAUCUUCCUGAUUUUCCUCAAUUAUUUUUUCACUUCACUGCCGAUUAUUUACCGAUGGAGUGGGAGAUUCCGCAACUGGGGACGGAAGGGAGAGUACUAGAUUACAAUUCCACCGUGGAGCUUGUUUUCCAAGCGACAAACUUGAUAAAAGGUGCUGACCAUGGGAUGCAUCUUUAUGGACAUAGUUUUUAUGUUGUGGGAUUGGGUUUAUGGAAUUUCGAUAAGGACAAGGAUCCCUUAACGUACAAUCUGGUGGACCCUCCUCUUCAAAACACCAUUCAUGUUCCAAGAAAUGGAUGGAUGGCCAUAAGAUUCAAGGCUAACAAUCCUGGAGUAUGGCACAUGCAUUGCCAUAUUGAUCAACACAUGGUAUGGGGCAUGGGUACGGCGUUCAUAGUUAAAGAUGGCGAAUCUCCGGAGGCCAAAAUGUUACCACCACCACCUGACAUGCCUCCAUGUUAAGGCUAUCUCAGUUAUAUCCAAGGUUGCAACGUCUUCGGGUCAAGAAAGAUAUGUCCCCCCAUAAACAUAUCUGGACAAAGAGAAGCACUGUAAUCCUUGAAAGUAUUUUGCUAAAUGAUUCUGUUUAGCAGCAUAAUACUAUCAUCUGCAGGCUUGUUUUUAGUUUUUUUUUUUUUCCAACAAAUAAAUAUUUCUAUUAUUU